AUGCGACAACAGCAUGGAUGGCGGUGGGAGAAGGAAGGAAAUCGCGAGUGGUGUUGCUGCGAAACGCGAGGCACUUAUUUUGAGUCAUGUUUCUCUCCGGCUGAAAUCAACCAAGAAGAUAAUUCCGAAAAAAACUCGCAGGUCCCCCUCGUGAAAGAAAUAUACGAGCGCGCUUCCCAUGUGUUGAUCUGGCUCGGAACCGCCCCAAACACUGGUCUCGCGGUCCGGCAAAUCGCAACCCUCUAUCUUCAAACCCACGCGCUUGACGACACCGCCCGUCUUGAUGAAGCCACUCGGAAGUUGUGGGAUCGCCGAAAAUUCUCCCGUUUCGACGACGCUCGUCUUUCAGUGUGCUAUGGAGGCUAUUCCGUUUCAUGGGAAUCGUACCAAGGAGUUGUAGACUUUUUCGCAGGCUCCACGCGAGGUGGAUCAAUGCUCUUGCUUGCGAGUCCGUCUUCUGUUGCUCCUUCAUUAUUAAGGUCUUAUAAAUGUGCCCCGGAUGGAACGCAUGAGGAGGGGCAUAUGCGAGCGGAGAACGCAGACGCCUUGACACUCUCCUGCGCGCUCACAUCAAAUACAAGGCCAAGCAUCCUCGUGACAAGAUCUACGCGUUACAAGGCAUCAGCCGUGAUACUCACGCAGUAG